AUGGCCGCCUCUCGCUCAGCCACCAAGUCUAAUGGUGGUAUUCCUGUUAGGACUUGCAGUGCCGCUGUUGAAGUUGUCCUGUAUCCUCUGCUUAUUUGCAAAAGGUGUGGGCGUUGGAGUUAUACGUCUGCUUGGGAUGAAAUGGCAGAAAAUGUGAAUCAUUCCAUAAUUAAAGUAGCAGUCAUCGGAGCCGGAGUAUCUGGUUUAUGUGCUGGACGUCAUCUCAUUUCAGAACCUGAAAAGUUUCAAUUUGAUAUUUUCGAGCAGCAAGAUAAUGUUGGAGGCACAUGGCGUUAUUCUCCUCGAGUUGGUACGGAUGAAUAUGGACUGUCGGUACAUUCAAGCAUGUACAAAAACUUGAAGACGAAUUUACCAAAGGAAGUUAUGGCUUUUCCCGAUUUUCCUUUUCCAGGUUGUGGAGGGCAGUCUUACCUGCAUCAUACGGCCCUUCUCCGUUAUUUAGAAGAAUAUGCAAAGCAUUACGGCCUGUACCAACAUAUAAAAUUUCAUACUCUAGUUGAAAAUGUGGAACCUCUGGAACACAGUAACUGCACAGUUGAGUGGUUCGUUGACAUUCGUGAUGCUGCUACGAAUGAAAGAGCGCGAUUCGUGUAUGAUGCUGUAAUGGUCUGCAAUGGUCACUAUUCAGUGCCUCAUAUUCCGGAAAUUCCUGGUCUUGACACUUUCGAAGGUCUAUUGAUGCACAACCAUGAUUAUCGGGAGGAAUCUAAAUUUCAGAAUAUGAAAGUUGUUAUCUUAGGAGCUGGUGUAUCAGGAAACGACAUCACUAUCCACAUUUCUAAUGUAGCUAAAGAG